AUGGCUACCUCUAGCAUUAAUCAAAAUUUAACAUACCCUCGUCGACCAAUUCCAAGAGAUGAAGAAACGCGAAAAAAAGCCUUGAAAGUUAUUGACGCACAGUUUGAUCUGGAAAUUUUGUUAAGGCACCGUGAAUUACAGAAAAUAAAGGAAGAAUUGAAAAAAUCUGAAUUAUACCUUAAUACUUUGAAACAUUGCAUUCUAGAACCCCCUUCAAAUUCACACAGAACUUCAACACUUAAUGGCAAUACUUGUAAUGAAAGUUUAGGAGUUACUUCGUUGACUCCGACGCGUCACUCAACGCGUAAAAUUUAUUCUACCAGAGAUAAUGAUUAUUUUUAUUAUGAUCCAUGUAAAGAUCUAUACUCACGUAGAAACGAUGGAACUUUCGUGAGGUUGGCGUGUCCUAAAUGUCAUCGCUCAAAAUUCAUCAACGUGCAAGGAUUUCUCAAUCACUGUCGCUUGUCACAUAGGAUCGAAUUUCCUAAUCAUGAGGAGGCUCUUUUAAAAUGUGGCACACCAGUGGAUGAAAGCUUAAUACCACCAGGGCAUCCAGCUAGAUCAAGAGUUAUCACUAGGCCACCAUCUCUUCGUACAAUAUUAGGUCAAUCGAAUCUAUCGGCAAGUCGUACAAGCGAACAUAGGCCAACUAUCAAAGUAUUUGAAGAAGAAAUUGAUCUUGGGUUGGAUGAAUUGUCUAAUAGAGCUGAAAUUAACGAUUCUAAUGAAGUCCCAUUGGCUCGUAAAUCACCUAGUAAUAAUGAAAUAAUGUCUUAUUCAAAAAAUCCGUCAUUCUUAUCAUGUACCAUGCCUGGUAAUAUUACCCAAAUAACGGCAAAUCGUGCAAUGACGGGUUCUCCUGAUAGAACGGACUCGGACUAUUCGUCAGAUGUUGAUGAAGGUGAUACAGGCACAACUACGACUGACAUAGAUUCUUCACCCACAUCUUGUUCGAAUACAAUGAUAUGUGACAAUAACCAAUUAAUGAUGAGGUCACCAGAAGAAUUAGAACAAAAUGAACAGCAUUCUAAAGAAUCUAUAACGAAUGUUGAUUCUACUUUCCUUAUGAAUGUUGAUUCUAAUUCCCCUAUGAAUGUUGAUUCUACUUCCCCUAUGAAUUCAAGUGAUAAAGUAAUCACUUCUAGCGUUUCAAUGUCAACAUGUACUCCUAACACAGGUAUGCAAGAGGUCCCAACAACAUCUGCUACUUGUACUAUACCAGCAUGUACGAGUGUUUUUGAUCCCAUGAGUCACGGAUCUCGAUUCUAUAUUAAGAAGCGUAUUGUUAUUGGAAAUGUUUCAAAAUGGAUUGCACCAGAAAAAAGGGAUUUAAGUCUUAGAAAGUACACGCAUAAAUGGAUGGUUUAUGUUACUGGACCACCCCAUGAUUUGAAUGUUACACCAUUUAUACGAAUGGUUCGCUUUUUCCUUCAUCCAAGUUAUCGACCAUUAGAUGUAGUUGAUGUAACAGAACCACCCUUUCAGCUAACCAGAUUUGGCUGGGGCGAAUUUCCGAUACGACUUGAUAAUAUUCAUAAUGGAAAGCAACAACUCGGAAAUGAGCGUGCGUUUGAUCUUGAAUUGGAUAGAAAUACACAAUUCAUUGAACCAAAAUCAGAAGGACCUAUUAAUCAUACAAUAAAUAUAGUUAAAGAUAUUUCACAACAAGAUAUAUCUGAAACAAACAACGAUUCAGUUGAAAUAGAAGUUAAAGAAUUAUUACAAAAAAGGAAAAAUAAUGAUAGGAUUGACCCCGAAACUAUGAGUGCUUUAGAACCGUUAUUAAAUGAGGCAGUUAAAAAUUAUCCAUUAAUUACACCUUUAUCAGUACGAUCAUCUGCACUUCCUUACGCAACAGCAAAAUCAUCACGUACAUUUCUUAAUUGGAAUAUUGAACGGCGUAAAGUAACAGAAUGGCAUAGAGCACGUUUAAUACGUUUAUUGGUUUUAUCAUUAUCACGGACAGUGGAAGAUUCACGAGUUCAAUCAAGUGUAGCGUCUUUAACAACAAAACAAGUAAUUUGUUGGUGCCGGGAUAAGGGACAUACGCCCAUGGAUAACGAAUAUAAUAAUGAAUAUAAAAAUGAAUAUAAUAAUGAAUAUAAUAAUGACAAUAAUAAUGAAACCACAAACAUAAAUACUAUAGUGGACAAUCAUAAAUUGUCGGUAGAACAUAAACAACGCCAUUUUACAUCAAUAACAGGUCAUCACGUAACAUGGUGUAAAUGUUGUGGUUGUCCAGAAUCCUGGCACGAAAUUAAUACUAGUACAUCCAAAAGUGGUAGUGUCCCAAUCCCACCCUACAAAUGCAAACGAAGGCCACAUUUUUUGGAAACCAAAAAAACCAAAUUAUGUAGUCUUACAUUGGCACAGGAUUUUCUAGAUGAACUUUAUCAAGAUAAAGUUUGGAAAGGCAAUGAAACUAUAAAUAUAUGUAAUGAUGAUAGCAAUUUAAACAAUAAUGGAAUAACGGUAUCAAAUAAUUCAUUAUCAAUUAAGGCGGUCAAAAACGUAAGCGAGCUUAAGGAUUGGUACACGUUUAACCCGCAAGGCAUUGAUUGGAUAUGGGAAAUAAUAGAUCAAUUAAAAUUAGACGGAGUAGUUGCUACCAAAUUAAUCAAAAUUGAUGGGAAAAUUGAUGUGGAGAAUGGUGAUAUUAAUAUUGCUAUACAGCAACGCUUAGAAACUGGAAAUCUGAUAUUUCAGCUAACCAAAAUAUUUUUGAAGGAUUUGAUUAAUAAAGCCAUAAAUGUAUACAAGUCGGAACAGUUAGAUGAUCCAUUCACGCCUGAAAUCAAUUGGUUUAGUAGUUCGGCUCUAGACAGUCGUUACAACUCAUAUCGACAACGAAUAAAAAAAAUACUUGUUCCAUAUCAUUUAUAUCAGGCAGUACAAGGAAAUUUGAAUACAUUUGAUUUUUUGAAUGGUGAAGGCUUGGCAUCUGAGAAAAAAAGGAUACAAGAAUAA